CCGAGUGAAAUAAAAAAAACAGAGUUAGCGACAGAUAACCGAAGCCUGAACUGGCAGAUUCUCAAACAUACCGCCUUUAGUUCAUGUUACCAAACAGGCAGUGACAGCCUGGCAUUCUGCUUUAAGAUGCUUUUCUUCUCUGCUGCGGCCGCCUUGCUGGUUUUAGCGCUGAGUUCACUCGUUGAAGCAGGAAAAUGUCCCAGAGUGUGCAGCUGUGACAGCACCAAGCUCACGGUCACCUGUGUCGGCAAGAACUUAACGGAAAUCCCCCCGACUAUAGAGGAGAUUACAGUGAAACUAGACCUGAGGAACAACAACCUGCAGGUGCUGCCUAGGGGGGCGUUCAUCCUUACACCCUACCUCACCCACCUCAACCUGCAGCGCUGCAACAUCAUCAAGGUGAAGGAAGGCGCUUUCCGGACCCUGGGACGCCUGGUCUCCCUAAACUUGGCCUACAACAAAAUCAAUGUUCUCUAUCAGGAGUCCUUUGACGGCCUCUCCUCCUUGAAGGAGUUGCAUCUGGACCAUAACCGUGUGGAAGAGAUCCAGCCUGGAGCCUUCACACAGCUCGGUUUCCUCAACAUGCUGGCCCUCACCCACAACCAGCUAGUUUACAUCCCUAACAUGGCCUUCCAGGGCCUGAACAACAUCAAGUGGCUUCGUCUUAGCCAUAACUCCCUGAACAACUUGGACCAUGAGGCCUUCGCUGGACUGUUCACCCUGAGCCGCCUUAGCCUGGACCACAAUGAGCUGCAGUUCUUCCCCACUCAGACCAUGACCAGGCCCCCUGAGGUCACGCGCCUGGACAUGAGCCACAACCCCAUGACCUACCUCGGGGAGGAAUCCGUCUCCAUGGCGAAGCUUAAACAUCUCUACCUUGACCACAUGUCCUUUCAGGACCUGUCUGAUCAGGCUUUGUCCCGCGCUCCCCUCCUCUCCCAUUUGGACCUCAGCCACAAUCAGCUUCGUUACCUGGAGCCCCUUUCAGGCCCCGAGGAGCUGACCAGCCUCAACUUGACAGGCAACCCAGUGUACUGUAACUGCUACAUGCGGCCCGUGAGGGAGUGGGCGAGUGUCCGUGGUGUGAAGCUGCUGGGAGCCUGCGCUGGACCACCUCACCUCUCAGAGGAGCCGCUGCAGGCCGUGCUGCCUCUGGAUCUGCGCUGCCGCAGCAGGGGGGGGGCACCGAAGGAUGAGUUUGAGAAGGAUGAUGAGAGCACAGAAAGCAUCCCUCCCACGGCCAAACCCAAGCAGAAAGUCAAGUGUCCAGUUGACUGUGACUGUGAUAUUGAAGCCCAGCACGCCACAUGCGAGGGUCGGGGUCACACCAAAGUCCCACGAGGCUUCCCCACUAAGACACAGCUGCUUGACCUCCGCAGCAACCACUUCCACCACCUUCCUGCCAACAGCUUCCCAGGCACCAGCCAAGUUGUCUCUCUUCACCUGGAGUUGUGCAAAAUACACGAAAUCGAAGGUGGGGUCUUUCGGGGAAUGAAAAGCCUGUUUUAUUUGUAUCUUUCUGACAAUGACCUCACAUCCUUGGACCCCGAAGCUUUUGCUGGAGCCCCAGAGCUCAACUACGUUCACCUGGAAGGGAACCGACUGCUGCAGUUCCCCGGAUCAGCUCUGGCACUCUUACCAAGUCUGUUUGUCUUACACUUGGAGCGAAAUGCCAUCUCCAAACUGGAGCCCACUAGUUUGCUGUCCUCAGCAACACCUCAACUUCAGGAACUGUACUUGACCAACAACACCCUAACUGCUAUUGCCAAAGGUGCACUGGACUCUGCUUUCCUACGUACACUUCAUCUGGAUUCUAAUCAGCUGACUGAGAUGCCUACCCAGGCUCUGUCCCAGGCCUCUAACCUGGAGGAACUCAACCUGUCUCAGAAUUUGAUUCGCUGGGUGGGACCAAACGCAUUCAAGCCCCUUUCUCACAGUCUGAAGAGGCUUUACAUGGACCGGAUGGGCAUGGAGAAGAUGUCCGGGGACGCUCUGGCAGGACUGGGCCCAGGGCUGAGGGCUCUGACUGUGAGAGGAAACCAGCUGGAGGAGCUUCCUGACCUGAGCCCCCUCACCGGCCUGCAGGUGGUCGACCUGCGGGACAACCCCCUGCUGUGUGACUGUCCUCUGCUGCCGCUACGCAGGUGGAUGGAGAAUGUAAGUUUGGAGGUGAUCGCCACCUGUGGUCACCCUCCUGAGAUCAGAGGUCAGAACGUCAGGGACGUCCAUGUGUUCACGUCCUGCCCAGAAAGCAGCGCUCCUCCAGACGAGAGGGUUGUUGUGGCCCAGACAUCCACAAAUGUUAAGAAACCAAAAGACAGCCUCUCGAAGGAACUUGGAGUUAAAGCUAGGCCUGCAAAGCCCAAUGCUAAACUACCCAAACCAACCAAGAACAAGCCUCAGAGGAAACAUGUGGCACCAAAAUUGAUAAAGAACAAGAAGACACUGUAAUAAGUGAAUAUAGUAAAUUAAAAGUGUGACCAUGUUUUAAAAUUAAACUCCCUAUUAUGAUUGUGUGGAAUUUACAUGCUCUAUCCUAUACUGUACUACCUGGGCAUAACAAACACAGCAAAGAAAAGAAGGAAAAGAAAAGAAAGAAGCAACCUGA